AUGGAAUGGCAACCAUAUCAGAAAUCUUUCUAUGUUAUACUAAAUACUGCUCUACGAGCACUCAAUCGUGAAGAUCUAAAACCAUGGUUUUUAUAUCUUCGACUCGUUCUACAUGCCUUUGAAAAACUUCCUGUAACUCAUCAUAUUAUUUAUCGAGGUGCCAAAUUGGAUUUGGCUGAUGAAUAUCGUCGAGGGAACACAAUUGUUUGGUGGGCUUUUUCUUCAUGUAUUGUAUCAAUUGAGAUUCUCAACAAUGAACGCUUUUUAGGAAAAACUGGAGUUAGAACUCUGUUCAGUAUUGAAUGUUUUUCGAGCAAAAAUAUUCGUUCACAUUCAUUUUAUCCAGAAGAAGAUGAAGUUUUACUUCUUCCUGGUCGUCAAUUUGAAGUUGUUGGAUGUCUUGAUCAAGGACAUGGUUUGUAUAUUAUUCAAUUGAGAGAAACACAAUCAAAAUUUCCAUUACUUAAGCUCAAUUCAUCAUAA